GGCGAGCAUGUGCAUUGGGGCCAUGCGCGCGGUGCGUCCGGGUGAGAUGGCAGCGGGCGCUGCUCUGUCCCGGCCGACCUUCCUGAAGGUCGUACCCACGUGGAGCUCAUGUGCGGGGGGGACCGCGGUUCCGAGGGAGGAGGUGCGGGCGGGGCGCCUCUAUUCCCGCGGGACGGGGAGGCGUUGGGGUCUACGGAGCGGCGGGGAUGCGGGAGAGGUCUCUGCGGUGCGGGGAGGGACCGCAGGGACCGCAGUGGGAAAGAUGGCUCCAGUCAUGACGCUGUGCGGUCGAGUGUCCCUCUCGGUUUUCGGUCAGAAGAAUCUCUUCUUGCCGAAUAAUUUGGCGCAACGAUGGUGCUCCAUCGCUCAGACGGUCUCCGUGAAGGAUAGGAUAAAGAAGAAGAGGGAAGAAGCCGCCUUGGGCGGCGGCCCCAAGAGAAUCGAAAAUCAGCACAAGAAGGGUAAGCUGACUGCCAGGGAGAGAAUCCACAUCCUCUGCGAUCAAGACACAUUCGUGGAAUACGACAAGUUUGCCGAACACACCUGCAGCGAUUUCGGCAUGGACCGGCAGAAGGUCGUACCCACGUGGAGCUCAUGUGCGGGGGGGACCGCGGUUCCGAGGGAGGAGGUGCGGGCGGGGCGCCUCUAUUCCCGCGGGACGGGGAGGCGUUGGGGUCUACGGGGCGGCGGGGAUGAGGGAGAGGUCUCUGCGGUGCGGGGAGGGACCGCAGGGACCGCAGUGGGAAAGAUGGCUCCAGUCAUGACGCUGUGCGGUCGAGUGUCCCUCUCGGUCUUCGGUCAGAAGAAUCUCUUCUUGCCGAAUAAUUUGGCGCAACGAUGGUGCUCCAUCGCUCAGACGGUCUCCGUGAAGGAGAGGAUAAAGAAGAAGAGGGAAGAAGCCGCCAUGGGCGGCGGCCCCAAGAGAAUCGAAAAUCAGCACAAGAAGGGUAAGCUGACUGCCAGGGAGAGAAUCCACAUCCUCUGCGAUCAAGGCACAUUCGUGGAAUACGACAAGUUUGCCGAACACACCUGCAGCGAUUUCGGCAUGGACCGGCAGAAGGUAGAAACAUAUGAUUCGGCC